AUGCCUGGAGCAAUCAUUAAGCAAAAAGCCUACCGGCAUCUCUCGCGAUCCACACAAGGACUCAAUACACAAGCACUUGAGAAGCAGCUCUCCGUUAACUUGCAGUCGGCCAAUCCUGAAUCAUCAAGUCAAGAGCGUAUGCAGGCCAAGCCCCAGAUCACGGAAGAUCUCUCAACCACGCUAGGAGCAGCUCACUGGAAGGGGCGCUUCGAAGAGAUUCGGCGCUGGCAGGAUGAGAAAGUCUACGAACUCCUACGUCUAGAAGACUACAAUCGCAAGUCUCAAGAACUAGAAGGCAUGGCAGUAGAGCACGAACUCUUGAAGACUGCGUAUAAUUCCCUUCUAAAAGAGAACAAAAUCCUAGAUAGCAAUGUCAAGCUUGCACAGAAAGUCCAACGGCUUAAAGAAAGAAACGAGAUCCUCUCUACAGCGAACGAGCGUCUCCGAGAAGAGAUACAAAACUUCAAGCACGGGUCUCAACUUGCCGCCGAAAGUUCUAACCUCAAGGAUAUGCUGGAAGCCACAAAAGCCUCCCAUGAUGAAUUACAACAAAAGACGCAAGGCUAUAAAGCUAUUCAAAAGGAGAACGCACAGCUUCAGAAAACGGCAAAUGGCCUGAGGAGAACUUUGCUGGCAGCACAGGAAGAAAAGGGCAAUCUGAGAAAGGACAAUGAACAAAUGAUGUCCAAGCUCGCUACCUUAAAUCCGUUCAAGAUCUUUGCCGGACCAAAUUGGUACCCGGAAUUAUCCGCGAAGAUGACCAAGGUGGUCAAAGAUCGAUGGUCUGGUCGAUUUGGCUCUCGGUACACCAAGGUCAGGGCUUUAAUGACAAGAUGGGAGUCCGAUGAUCUUGGUGUGGCUUCAGAGAUUGCAGCAUUGUCCCAGGUUCUGGAAGACAAUUUCGGCUAUGAGGUAUCAACAUAUCUCAUUCCUGAUUUGGAUUCCGAAAACAGUCUCGUUGACGAAGUCGCUCGAUUUUUGGGGGAUAGUGCCGCUGACGAGUUAGUCGUCUUUUAUUAUGGGGUUCAUGUGUUGAUACACACGGGAGGAUAUUGGGCCGCAAGAAAAACGGAUAACUCUCCCACCUUACGUGCCGCUGAGAUUCAAAGGCUGUUUGAAAGAUCGUCCUCAGAUUCGCUUCUGUUGUUCGACUCCUGUCACGCUGCACAGAGCAGUAACACCACAAAUCCUGCAAAUGCACUCACCGAGCUUAUUGUCGCAUGUGGAUUUGAUUCGGUUGCUCCUGGGGUAGGAUCGCAAUCUUUUACACACAACUUGAUCCAGGUCUUGCAGUCACUCAGCAAAGAAGGGCCUUUUCCUGUUCAUCAGCUCUUCAACCAAACUCUGCAUUAUUGCAGGAAUAGGAUAGGGCGAACCACAGAGACGGCUCCAGUUCAUUGCAGUUUGACGGGAGUUAAGGGUGGUCGACGAAUGAUGCUACAUCCCUUAGUUCCCGCGCCAGUUCCACCGCGUGCUUCGAUACCGAAAAAUGCUUUGAGUGUCGGAAUUGCAGUUGAAGACGAUUUUGAUGAAAAAGAAUGGGAGGAAUGGAUUCUAAGAGCUCCCACUAGUGCUGAGUGCGUCCUGCAGCUACGGGUAGCGUCUUGUCGGUCGUACGAGCUGGUAAUGCGAUGA